UUAUGUAGGCUUGCUGCUCGAGGAAGAGGCCUUUAUUUAUCCUGUCUAACCAAAUAAUGGCUGCCAUCCGUCGAACUAGUUGUUUUCUACACGCUCCGGUUAAUAUUGGAGGAUCGCUGAUGUUUCAGUUGUGGUUCUGAAGCCGCCAUUACCCCGUUUCUUCCCUGGCCUUGCUGCUCACCCACAAUGCAUUGCCAGUGGCUUCUGUGUAUCUUAGAUGGGCCAAUGUAACUGUUGCCACCACUCCACCUAGUCCAUACUCCAGCAACGCAGCAGGAAGUUCCUGUCUUGUUUCAUCUUGUUCAUAGUCUUUCUAAAAUCAUGUCGGGCUCAGGUGACUUACCAGCCAUAGAGGGCUCUGGUAUUGGAGGGAUGAAGCUUCCCAUCGGGAUGACCCGCCGAGCCCUAAGCUACGACGAUAACUUGGAGGCCCCCAUGUCCACACCUCCCCACGAUAUCAGCAUCAAUAAUCUGUGGAGACGACCCAUUAUACCGGAAAGGAAGUUCAAACACCUGGCUGAGGAGGAAGAGAGUGGUGCAGUGCCUCAGUCUACAGUGCCAGACAAUAACCCAACCAGGCCACCAGGUGUAGUGAAAACCAAGGCCUCCUCCAUCAUCGUGAACUCUCUCAUCACCAAGCAGACUCAUGACAGUAUGUACAAGUUUGAGCAAAGGGCGGGGCUUACUGACACCAGCUACACACCCCACAAGGGCCUCACCGCUGAGGAGACAAGACACCAUCACCGCAUGCCUGAAUCCUUCCAGAAACUGCAGGUCCACAGCAUGGAGGCUAAAGAAGAACGUCAGAGCUCCUCCACCCAGUCCACUCCAUCCAACACCCCACACAACUCCCCAAAACAACAACGCAGGGGCUGGUUCAGUAGUGCAGGUUCAGAAGUCAGCAAUAGCUUGUCCAACAGCAGCGUGGAUAUGGGAGGAGGAGACAUGGCAGCAGGAGGAGUAGGGGGUGCAGUUGAACGCUGGAGCGUGUUUGGGCCUCGCCCCCUUGUCCAGAAGUCGACCUCUGACCUGGAAUCAGACCCUACAACUGCAGCAGGCUUCGCUCUGCAGGCGUACCGCGGUGCUCAGAAGCCGACUCCCAUGGAGGUAAUGAGGUCCCAGGCCACACGGCUGGCUGACAACCCUGGUGCUGAGAAGGUGGCUCCUCCCAAAAUGGAGAUUCCCACAGUUGAGCCCCGACGAGAGGGAGCACGACCACACAAGCUCAAACCCAGAGACAUGAACAUCUUGACGCCCUCUGGCUUCUAAGAGGACACACGACACCUGUCAAAGGUGUGCGGCACUCAGAUGCCAAAGGUCCCAUAAAUUGAAGACCUCUACAUGUUGUUAGCUUGUAUCUCUGUGCAUGCUAUUACACAAUAUGUUGUUGUUGUUGU